UUUGUCAAGUGCAGUGCAGGAGCGUAGGGAGCGAGCCGGCCGCCGCCACGCCACUCGUGUUCAGUUCAGUUGAGUCGUGCCAGCCAGACCGGAGCAGUCGCGUCCCGCCGUGUUGUGCGUGGGUUGCUGUUGUUAAAUUUCCUUGAACGUUGUCGGAGUGCGUGAACACUGCCCAGUGACGAGUGCUGAGCUGCGCGCCGGGUUUUUACAGUGGAGUGAUCUGCAAGUUGGAUGCUGUUAGCCGUUAGUCGCUAGCGGCCCGGCGUCCCCUUAGCGCAGUGCAAACUUGCGCCUUUUCUGAGUGUUCCCGCUAACCGGGCGGAUUCGGCGAGGCAAGCUCUCGUCCAGGACUUUCCCCCUAAGGACUUGAUUCGGUGCCACAAUGGGAGUGCGACAGAGCAAGCGGUCGGUGGACAUCACGACGAAGGACGGCGAGCAGGUGGCGACGGGCAAGGCGGCCGCCCUGGACGGCAAGCUGGCCAGCAUCGAGGAGGCUGGCGUCGCGGACCUCAAGGCCAAGGUCGCCAACGGACACGCCGAGGGCAAGGAGGCACUCGCCAACGGACACGACGCGAGUCCUGAGGGCGACGCGGCGCCCACAGUCAACGGCCACAAGGAGGAGGUGAACGGCGUCAAGGAGGAGCUCGUGAACGGCGUCAACGGCCACCACGAGAACGGCGUGGAGCUCACCAACGGCCACAAGGAGGACGUCAACAGCGUGGAGGAGGCCGCCGUCAACGGCGAGUCCAGCCCCGCCAGCCCCGCGUCGCCCGCCUCGCCGUCCGAGGAGGUGAAGGUGAACGGCGACGCGGAGCACGUCAACGGCGAAGCCAACGGCGACGCCACCGAGGAGGAGGUGAAGAAGGACAAGAAAGACAAGACCAAGAAGAAGAAGAAGUGGUCGUUCAGGUCCAUCUCGUUCUCCAAGAAGGACAAGAGCAAGCCCACCCGGGAGGAGAAGUCCGAGGAGAUCGCAGAGAAGGACGAGAGCCCCGCCGUCGAGAAGGACGCCGCCGCCGAGCCCGCCGCCGAGAAGGAGGCCGCCAAGGAGGCCGAGGCCGCCCCUGCCACCGUGGUCGAGGCCGCCGCCGAGGUGAAGCCUGCUGAGCCUGCCAAGGAGGAUGUGCCUCCUCCUCUGCCGCAGUCACCACCCCCCACCGAGGCGCCGCCACCAACACCCGUGGCGCCCACCCCCGCGCCCGUCGAGGAGAGCAAGUCCGAGGCCGUGACGACGUCCAGCGUGCAGUCCGAGACCGUGGUGGAGAAGACCGCCAGCUCCGUGGUGGUGACCAACAGCGUGGUGUCCGAGACCAGCAGCACCGUCACCACAGAGACUGUCACCUCAGCCAUCAUCACCAACGGCACCACCAAUGGCACCACCAACGGCCAUGGCAUUGAUGAGGUGUCGCCUACUCAGGAAAGCAGACUGGAAGUGCCCGAGAUCAGUGUUCAGCCUGCUUCCCCAGUUGUCUCCGAGCGAUCCCCCAUUGAUGAAGUGAAGCCAGAUAUUGCUGCUGAAGUUCCUACUGCUGAGGCCCCUGUCACUGAAGUCCGUAGCCAACCCGAAAUCCAGACUAGUCCUGCUGAAGCACCCGUUGAAGUUCCAUCACCCUCUACCCCUGCCACAGCCCCCAUGUCUCCUGAUUCUACUACCCUUUCAGAAGCCCCCGUCAUUCCUACUGUAGAACCUGUACCACCCGCCCUUCCUGAAUCUGAAUCGGCUCCCAUUCCUGCUCCUGUGCCCCCUGUAGCAGCCGAACCAACUGCAGAAACUCCCAAACCAGUGGAAGAAGUCUCUGACGCAAAAGCAGCAGUAGAGGUAGCCCCCGCAGAAACCACCAAAUCUGUUAUUGGAACCGAGCCCGAAGUAACUCCCCUUCCAGUUCCUGAAGUUCUUGUUCCUAGUGAGGCUUCUGAUCUUCCUCCCCCACCUCCUCAAGACCUGUCCCUGGAGCUUGGUGAUGCCAAAGACGCUGUGGUUGUGAAUGGCGGCUCACCUGUAGACGAAAUCCCUCUCCCUUUGCCCACAUUAGAUAUCCUAGGCACAGUUCCAUCAACCGUGGCGGAGGAUGCUGAGAAGACGGAGCAGACGACACAGGAUGAACUCAAUGACGAGGAUGGAGCUGGUGAAAGCCUAGCGGAAGUGUCAGUGACUGAGACUGUUACCAAGGAAGUUUCCGAGACCAUCACAGAGGCUGCCAAGGAACUCAAUGAAGAAGUUCUGGCCAAGGCAGUUGCCACUGUAACAGAGAUCACGAGUGCAGAAGAGGCCAAGGCGUAGACUAAGAUUAUUUGAUUAAAGGUAUAUUCAUCAGUCGAUUAUGAAAGACAAGAGGAGGAAACGACGUGAAGAAAUUUUGUGAAGAACAUUUUGUAGCCAAAUUUGAAAUGUUUCUUAAUUAUGUGAAGUGAUUCCUCAAGACGGCCGGCCGAACGUGAGAAAUGUGUUGUGAAAAGAAUGAAGUGACAUGAACUGGAAAGGCGAAUUGUGCCUUGCGCCUUGCAUCAAGCAAUCACAGUGCACGCCAGUGCAUUGCAGCGCCAUGCGUUGUGUGGUUGGUUUGAAUAUUGCAUUUACAGUGUAUAUGAACUGUACCAAAUGCAUGCACAUUUUCAGAUUUUUGUUUACAAAAGUGAACCUUAUCGAUUUGAAUUUUGAUCACUAACUACCAUCAGAUGGUUACAUCACGUUAGUGUGAUCUUUUUAAAAAUUUUAGCUUUGUAUAGGAGGUCAUCUCUCUUUUUUAAAUGUAGAAUUUUAAUAGAAAAUUUUAAUUGGUAGCCAAAUUUUGAUUAUACUGUGGAAUUUUUAAAUAAAUGGGCAUUUGAAACUGUAUAAAUCAGUAAAUGGGGAAUAAAUUCUUAGACCUGCUUUAAUGAUGUAGCAGUAGAUCCAGCUGUGGAUGUGGUCUCUUUUUUUUAAUUUUUUUUUUCUAGCCUAUAUUAAAGUUUCUAUUUAGGUAUAAGUUUAUAUCUUAGUCACAAUCACAAAAAAUUUUUGUAUGCUGUUUCUAUACAUAUUCUUUUUAACUUUUUUUAAAGUAUUUUUCUUAAAAGUAUUUUUUUGUAAGUGUACUAUUUUUAUGCUGGCCCACGUUGCCUUCAGGUGGCUUUAGCAAGAUCUCCGCUCUUGUUCAUUGUAUAAAUGUUGCCUUUGCCCAGUAUGAUUGGCAGCUCACAAUAUUGCUUGUAAAUUUAGAAUAAUGUGUAAUAGCUGAAGCACGCUGAGGUGUAUAAAGACAACUCUCAACAACGAAAUUGCUUUCAACCGUCUGUUUUUCAUCACCUUUUCAUUUGGCUUGUUCUAUAAUGUUAAUUACUUCUAUUUCGUAGUCCAUACUAUGUAUGCUAAAUUAUUUCCCCAUUUUCGUAAGUUUGAAACUAUGAAUCCCACCAGAUUUUGUAUGUGUGAAUGUGUUUAUAAGAAGUUAAAUAGACAAUGUUUUCAAUCUUAA